AACUGAAUAUUUUAUAACAAAAGAAGAUUAAUAAUUGAAUUAAACUAAACUGAAAAUCAACUAAAAAGACGACUCUAAAAGUACAUAAUCCCAAAAAAAAAAAAAAUUACAAGAUUUAAAUGGUGGGAUAGAUCACGUGACUUGCACAUGUCUCUUCACGGUUUUUACCCUUGUGAAAAAAAAAAAAAAAAAAAAGCUUGAAUUGCCCCAAUUACUUCCCCACUGAAACGAAUCAGAUCCAAAAAAAAAAAAACCAACCAAUUGAUCCAAACAUGACCAAAUUACUGGAACUUUCUCGUAGGGUUCUUCCCAACUCCGCUGCGCUCCUUCACCGGAGCUCCAAUCUUCUCUCCAACCAUGGCUUUGCACUCGGCUCAAUCAACUCAAAACCCUCGCAAAACCCUAGAAAUGGCGAACAACUUCAACCAUUUUCUUCAUCAACGCAAAUCUCUGGUUCAAACCACAGCAUUUACAUGAAUCAAUUAUUCCCCAAAUCGAAUUCAAGCUUCAAAUUAAGCAGCGGAAAUUCGUUACAAGCCGAUGUUCUUCGAUUAAGCGAAGAUGUAUUCUUGGUUGAUUCAGGAAUUGGAACCCCUAGAAUUUGUUUACAAGACGAGUUAAUUGGGGUGAAGAACAAGAACAAAAUCAGGUUUGAAAAUCGGGUUGGAUUUCUGGAUUUAGCUACAAGUGAAACGCUGAUUAACAAGCAGAUGUUGGAGAGGUUUUUCAUUGAUUUGGUUGCUGGUGAUUCGAUUGCGAAAGAGCGGGCUACUGCGAGGUUUAACGAUUUGGUGGGUGGAUCAGCGGAUGUGAAUGCAGUUGCUGCGGGUGAACCAUUGCUUGUUCUGCCGAGGCGCUACCGGCAGAAGCGAGCUUGGAUGGAAUUAAGCAAGAAAUGGCGGUCGAAUUCGCAGGUGAAAGGGUUUAUUGUUGGGAAAAUUAGAGGAGGUUAUUCAGUUGCUAUUGCUGGGUUUGUUGCAUUUCUUCCGUUUCGUCAUCCGAAUCAUAUGAGAAGGUUAACUAGUGAUCGUUUUACAAUUGAGAGUAUUAAUCUCAAAUCCGGGAAUAUUGUGGUUUUGUAAUUCUACCAUCAACAAGAACAGCAAUCAAGAGUAUUGUUCUCUUCCUCUUGUCUUGCUUAAAUUUCCAUCUUACUAAACUCUUUUGAAUUUGUUAGACUUUUGAAUUUGUUGGAUUGUGUUUUGAAAAUUUAUAGUUUUGGUGAAUAAUUUGAUGAUAGUUUCGGAAUUCAAUGGCUUUUUUUUUGUAUUCUGAAGCAAUUUUUGCUGCUACUCUACAUUUAAUGAAAUUGGGUUUUUGAGUACCCCUUACAAAAGUUAUGACUAU